UCUAUAAAACACGGCACCUGCUUCCUCCAUUCUUGGGUACACACACAUUCGUUUUCAUUCCCAGCCUCCUCCAGAGCACUCUCAGCCAGACGUUCUCGCACUGCUCAGAUCAAGAACAGACCUCCAUCUCUCAUCAUCUAGCCAGUCGCGCGCUUGAUCUCUCGUUUGCUCAUCAGUGGUUCGCCGCGAGGAAUUUGUUUUUGUUUGUGUUUUCACAAGAAAGAAACAGCGUCAUCUUCCAUCGAUUUCCUGCGUCCCGUCCGGCUCCGACCUUCCAUGGCCAUCGCCUCCCGCAUCACGACGCGCGCGCUCUCCACCUUCGCCGCCGCCGCCGCAGCCAAGCUCCCGGAGGCGGCCGUCGCGGCCGCCGGCGCCGAGGCGGUGACCUUGCCUUCAUCCGCUCAGCAGCCGCAGCAGGUGCUGGAGUUCGAGGACACCGGGCGCCUGUUCACGGGGGAGCCGUCCACGGCUCUGGUGCGCACGCUCGCGGCCCUGCAGCUCAUGUCCGCCGGCCCGCUGGUGGACGUUGGCCUCGCGGCGCUUCGGUCCCCGGCGGUGGCCGCCAGCCCCGUGGUGCAGGCCGCGGCGCGGGCCACCGCGUACAAGCACUUCUGCGCGGGCGAGACCGCCGAGGAGGCCGCGGCGAGGGUGCAGCGCCUCUGGCGCGGCGGCAUGGGCGGCAUCCUGGACUACGGCAUCGAGGACGCCGAGGACGGCGCCGCAUGCGACCGCAACGUCGCCGGCUUCCUCGCCGCCGUCGACGUCGCCGCAGCUCUGCCGCCGGGAUCGGCGAGCGUGUGUAUUAAGAUCACGGCGCUGUGCCCGAUCGCGCUGCUGGAGAAGACGAGCGACCUGCUACGGUGGCAGCACAAGAACCCGUCGAUGCACCUGCCGUGGAAGCAGCACUCCUUCCCCAUCCUCUCCGACUCCAGCCCGCUCUACCUCACACCCUCGGAACCGGCGGCGCUCACGGCGGACGAGGAGCGGGAGCUGCAGCUGGCGCACGACCGGCUGCUGGCCGUGGGCGCGCGGUGCGCGGAGCACGACAUCCCGCUGCUGGUGGACGCCGAGUACGCCUCGGUGCAGCCGGCCAUCGACUACUUCACCUUCGUGGGCGCGCUGGCCUGCAACGGCGGCGGGCGGCCCAUCGUGCACGGCACCGUGCAGGCCUACCUCCGCGACGCGCGCGACCGGCUCGAGGCCAUGACGCGCGCCGCCGAGGAGGAGCGCGUGCACCUCGGCGUCAAGGUCGUGCGCGGCGCCUACCUCACCCGCGAGGCCCGGCUGGCGGAGGCGCUCGGCGUGCCGUCGCCCAUCCACGCCACCAUCCAGGACACCCACGACUGCUACAACGGCUGCGCGGCGUUCCUCCUCGAACGCGUCCGCCGCGGCUCCGCGUCACUGAUGCUCGCUACACACAACGUGGAGUCCGGCCAGCUCGCGGCGGCCAGGGCGCAGGAGCUCGGCAUUGGCAAGGGGGACCGGAACCUCCAGUUCGCGCAGCUCAUGGGCAUGGCCGACGGCCUCUCCCUCGGCCUCCGCAACGCCGGCUUCCAGGUCAGCAAGUACCUCCCCUACGGCCCCGUCGAGCACAUCAUCCCCUACCUCAUCAGGCGAGCCGAGGAGAACAGGGGACUGCUCUCUGCUUCCGCCUUCGACAGGCAGCUGCUCCGGAAGGAGCUCGUCAGGAGGUUCAAGAACGCGGUCAUGGGACGGGAGUGAGGUCGCGGACCGGGAGUUUUAAUCAGGGGAGAGAAGCGAUCCAGUAGAAGAAGCUGUAAAUAGUUCAUCCUUCAGGAAAUGUCCAUUGAUGUAUCGUGAACCGAAUGAAAUAAACGAAAUAAUAUUAGUACUGUUCGAUAA